AAAUCCGAGGUAAGCGAGACCGAAAGGUCCCAAUACUCCUGACUCCAGGCAUGCUGGAUUCAAUGGAUCUACUUGCAAAGUCUCGCCAAACAUGUGGUGUACUGGAUGAAAAUCCUUUUUUUUUUUCGACACCCAUGACUGAGAAAUCCUACUACCAUGGCACAUCUUGUAUCAGGAAAGUUGCCCGGGAGUGUGGGGCCAAAUAUCCAAAGGCUCUUUCAUGCACAAAGCUGCGGAAACAUGUGGCUACAGUCUCUAAAGUGCUUAAUCUGAAGGACACUGAGAUGGACCAGUUGGCGGACUUCAUGGGACAUGACAUUCGUGUGCACAGACAGUUUUACAGGUUGCCUGAGGGGACGCUGCAGCUAGCCAAAAUCAGCAAGGUGCUGUUAGCCCUUGAACAGGGAAGAGUUGCGGAAUUCAAGGGUAAAAACAUUGAAGAGAUCAACAUUGAGCCUUAUGAGAAGCUGAAUUUAGUCAGUAACAUGUCUGAAAGUGAAGAUGAAGAGAGUGACAGCGAGAUGCCACAGCCAAAGAACACCAGGCGACCCCAGCGUCCUUCAACAUCUACAGACGAAUGUUUGGUUGACAGCGAGUCUGCAAUGCCACAGCCAAAGAAGCGACGACUAUCCCCUUCAACAUCAACGUCUACAGAGGAACUUCCCAUUAGCGGGAGGUCUACAAAGGGAAGAAGGAAGAAAGGAGGAAAGAUGCCUUCAAAAUCAGGUGGGUCAAAAUCCUCAAAAAGGGAGUGGACAGAAGAGGUGAAGGCAGUUGAGGACAGAUGCUUAUCCACUUCAAUAUCUUCAACCUCUACAGGUGUGUCAAAACCCCCCAAAAGAAAGUGGACAGAAGAAGAGGUGAAGGCAGUUGAGAACAAACUGAUGGAUUGCAUCACAUCUGGCAGGGUACCAGGGAAAUUGCAAUGUGAAGACUGCAUCAGGUCAGCUCCUUCAGUUCUUAAGCACAGAACCUGGGAAGCGGUGAAGUUUUACAUCAAAAACCGAAUAACGGCAUACCAGAGGGAAUGUGGUAAAAGAAAGUGAAAAAGCCGGCUCGGAUCAGUAUUAUAACUUUUCAGUUUUAGUCACAUCUGUUUUUUUAACAGACUUGGUUUCUGUUUAGAAGUGUUGUCACAUUUCUAAUUCUUUUUUUUUUUUUUUUUUUUUUUAUACAUAAUUUCUUUCCCACACAUAAUGGCACCAGAUAGUAGUUCAGUUUAGCUCUACCUUACCGAUGUGCCUUGACCUUCCCAAAUUAAACUAGCUUUUCCAUUAUUCUCAAUAAUGUUUUAUGUUUCUCAAUAUGGAUGCAUGUAUAACUGCAUACCAGAGGGAAUGUGGAAAAAGAAAAUUAAAGUGAAAAUGCUGGCUCGGGUCAGUAUUCCCGUUCCAGUCACAUAGUUGGAUUUCGAAAGACUUUGUUUCUGUUAAGAGGUGUUGUAACACAUUUCUAAUUAUCAUCUUAUAUAUAAAUAUCAUUUUUUUUCACAUAUAAUGGCACUAGAAAGUAGUUCAGCUCAGCUCUAGUAGCUUACUGAUGUGCCUUGACAUUAUUUAGAAUAAUGGAAGAGCUAGUUUAAUUUCUUUUUUUGUUGAUAUUGAUAUAGAUGCAUGCAUGCAUUGCAGGAUUGUUUUAUAUUAUCGAAAACCGAUAAUGGCAUACCCAGAGGGAUUGUGGUAGAAGAAAGUUAAAGUAAAAAUGCUGGCUCGAAUCUGUAUUUUUACUUUACAGUUCCAGUAACAUAGUUGGAUUUUGAA